AAUAUUCUCGUUUCUGAAAUUAAUUUCCCCCUCCCCAUCUCUCUCCCUCUUUUUGCCAGUGCAGAUUAAAUAGUUCUUUCAGAUCUGCAAACAAUAAAGGAUAAAAUUAUUUAUAGGGAAAUGAGGACUAUGUUUCAUUGUUGGCUUAUUGUUCCAGAACAUAAUAACAUUUUAUUUUCAAGUGGGAGAACUUAGACCAGUGAAAGAAGAAGGGGAAAAGGAAAAACAAAUAAAGGGAGGCAGGGCACCCACACACAAAACUCCUGCUGUAUAUAACUUUUAUGACAUUUACAAUUUCCUCAUGACAACUCACGGUGACGUCAUAAAUGCCACGUUCUUGAAUUUUACAAUUCUCGUAAACCUCCAAAAUGGGUAUAAGCAGUGCUUGCUCAGUGUGGAGGGGUAUUAGAGAAGCCAGGGGGAUCCUUUUAGCCUCAUUCUGGGGGCCAAAAAUAUUCAGAAUAGUCUUGCUUUUCAUUUUUCCUCUUGGACAAAGCAGGACCACUUUGCUUUGCCUCCCUGAAAUGUCACUGGAGUCUGAGUCCCAUUCCCAAUGGGAUUGAGAUACUGUGUUCGAAGGCUCUCUGCGUGCCCCCUCCUCAGCUGAUAAUCAGCUGCUUGGGAUAGAAGUGGAAGGCUUGGGGGCAGGGCCCCAAAACCCAGAAAUAAUUCCUUCUAGAGGGAACCAACUGGGGCUCAGGGCUGAGUGUAAUGGGACAGAGACGCUUGGGACUUGUUUUACUUUUAAAACCUUCAGCCAGAGAAGUGAAUUGAGCAGUCAAACAAAUGCUGAUGUGGGAGUUGGUGUCUGCUGAUGGUAGCAGCAGUAAGUGGAGUGGUAAUAAAGAAAGGUUAGGCAGAAAUCUGGAAAGAGAGGAGGAGGAAGGGAAAUACGAUGUGAGUUAGCAAACCCCUCUGUGUACCUUUCUUCUCUGUUUAAUGGCAAAUAAAACAAAAGCAGCUUGGGCAGACUCUAAACCUCUUAGCUCAAAAGAGGAGUCACCAGCCCAGGCCUCUGAGGUGUUUGGGGCAGUUCUCAGAUGCUUGACAUGCCCCAUCUGGCCUCUUCCUCCUUCCCUCCUCCCUGCGGACCCCCAGCUUCUUCAGCUGGCCAGCCUGGGCCCUGUCCCCAGAAUAUCAGCACCCCCAAGUGGAAUCCAUUUCCGGGUUGGGUGUGUCAGAUUUCCUUUUUUCCCAAGUGUCUCCAUGCCUGAACUUUGAAAGGGGGAGUAUUCUUUUAAGGAAUGCAAUGUGUAUAUGGGGAGGUAUGUGCUCAGACAACUUCCCUCACCAUAUCUGUGAGAAACUAGGGGCUCCUAGGGUGAACUAUUCUUUGGUAUCCCCAAACAGACCCAGUUCCCCGUGUUCAGGUUCUCUGGCAGACUGAUAGACUCUUUGCAAUCCUUUUGCUCCGGAUUCUGUGGAGAUCAAAGGAGCUCAUGCACAAAAACACUAGGCGUUUGGAGUAGGAUUUAUUCAUUUAAUUUUUAAAUAAAAAAUCUAAUCAUAAGCCAGUCGGGCCAACUGAGCAGUCGCUCUAGAACAGCAAAGCCUUAACCAAACAGUGCGAUUGUGAGGUGAGCUGAACAAUUAUUGAAACUCGGCUUUCUCUGCAAGAGGGAUUUCAGCCCUCGCCCUGUGGCACAAAAGGGGUCGGUGGGGCAACCACUCCUCUCCCGCUCUGGGAAUUGAGAAUUGGGAGGGUAGGUCAGGCAGCUGCAGUGGCUUCCAGGCAGCCAACUGCCCAGGCCGAGCCCUGAGUCCUGCAGCUCCAAUGUCUCCGUCCCUGAGCAGCCUCCGGAGGCGCCGAGCUGUAGUUGGUGGCGCCGGCAGCCAGGAAUGGAGUUUGUGUAUCUGUGUGUGAGGCUAGGUGGAUCACAGACAUCCACGUAGAGAUGGAAGAUCUGGGGAAAGAAAGAAGACUGGCAGAACGCAAACUAAUCAGGACCUCUGGAAAAGACUGCUCUCAAAUAAAAAUUCCAGAUCUCAUCCCUCUCACUUCAGAUACCCUUCCCCAAGAAACUAAUAUAUUUUCUAGAGCAGAAUGGAAAGCAAAGGCAAGCAAGGUGAGACCUGCCCAUGAACCCCUUUCAGGCUAGAGUCCAGUCCCACCCAUGUUCUCCCCAUUUCAGAUGUACACAGGCCCUAGUCCCUGGCCUGGAGCAGUAUAAGUCUGGAGAAGGAGCGCUUGACUCACCCUGGGAGACACUCUCAAGUGCCCAGUCUCCAAUGCAACCCUUAGCCUUGGGUGACUCCAGGCCAGUGAAUGUACCCCACUUAGGCCCAUGGGGAGCCUGCAGUAAGUUCCUCUCCUGUAAUUAGCGCUCAUGAAAAGCAUGUGAUUUGGAUUGGGGGGGGAGGUGAUCUGGAGCAGCGAGCAGAAACUUUCCCUCUUUAUUCCUGUUCUGUGUUUUUUGAAUUCUGUUUUUGAACCCACUAAUUAUAGCUCCCAAAGCGAAAAUCUGCUCUCGCCGACAAACCUCCUCGGAAUGCCUAAUUCCGGAGGCCGAAGGGGCAGAGCAACUCGGAGACCUGCGGGCCUGAUGGGGGGUUUUCUCUGAUUCUCUAGGCUUAUUAUAUGGAAACAAAGAAUAAGUUCCCCCCCACCACCACCUUCCCAGAAUUUGUGCAUAUUUACAGAGCUCAACUGCAGUUUUAAUAAAACAUCUGUUCUUGCUUCUGUUGAUGAGUUUCCAUAAUUGUUUUCAGACAAAUUUAACAAGAAAAUAUAAAUAUAUUUAGAAAAAUCCAAGUCCCAACUUUCUCCCCAUAGACAGUCGUUCUUUCACUAAAUAAAAUAAAAUAAAUAUGAAAUGAGAAAAGGAAAAUUUAAUCCAAUGGAGGGAAGAUCGGGCUCAUCUGACCUGCUCUCCCCCCUUGGAGCGAAUCCUUCCAGCAAAUUUCAGCUGCAUAAUUAAAGAUCUUACUGAAAGAAGAAGGCUUCUUUCCCCGGGAACGGAAGGUGAUAGGACAGAGUGUGUUGGAAAUUCAUUUUGGGGGAAAUUAUUUGUGUUUCUGCUUCCCCUUCUCUCCCCCUUCCAGCAUUUCUGCCUUUUUCCCCCAGCAGCUGGUUUCUGUUCAUUAUAAAUCCGGGAGACCUUUCAGUCUCUGCCUUCUGUUUAGGGACGUAAUAAAACACUUAACUUUCCGGGGCUGAGACUUACAUUCUGCUCCUCAGGUCGCCUGCCCCCACGCCCACCACCUUAGGGCCCCAGUGGAGACUCUCCCCAACUUUGGGGCCCUUUUCCCCUCCAGACUUGGUUUAGGAGGGGCUCAAGGAAAUCCAGGAAUCUGUGCUAGGAAGCUGCAGCACGUGCGUCCCCAGAAGUCCCUUCUUCCAAGAUCCUUCCUUCUCCCACCCACCAUAAAAGAGAUUUAAAAAUACAUAGAAGAUCUACGCAUUGAAAGCGAAACCUCAUUAAGACAUCCUAUCUUCCAUCAUUCAAUUUGUUGUACAUUGCAACAAUUUAAUAUCUUGAAGGAAAUAUCACUGACAUGAUUUAUCCCUCUAGCAAUCUCCCUCUGAUAUGGAGGCGGGGAGUUACUCUUUCUUCGGCCUAUUCUACGUGUUACACACUACCUUUAGGGAAGAAUUGAGGCUGGGAACUCUGUGAACGGCUACUUGUGUCAAGGGGUGCACUGACUUGUUCCUUAGCUCAGCCCCCUGGGUCUCCCCACUCCUAGUUUUCUCUCCCUCUCCCUCUUGCCCUCCAGGGGGCCUGGAGCCCCAGCCAGCUGGUGGAAACCUCUGUCCAGGCAUGCCAUGAAUUCGAGGACAGCUGGAUUCUAGAGUAGAAAGCAAUUCAUGCUGGUGUCUGUUUGUGUAUCUGCCAUGUCACCCCAAAAUGAGACAACUCAUCUCGAAAUUUCUUUCUUAAUUUAAGAACACUCCUCUACCUUUUCACCUUCAUCACCUGGGAGAGAAGAAAGUAUGGUCCAAGAGGGGUAACCUUCGUAAUUAUAGGGGUCUUUCCCCUACCUUUCUAAAUACCAACAAAAUUUCCUCUUUUCUGAAGGAUUGGGACUGUUGUUUUUUUUUUUUAAAGCCAACGCAAAUUGUCUAGCAGGCAGACUCUUCAGUUCCUAACGAGGUUCAUGUAUUAACUAACAUGUGUUCUCCACCAGCUCCUACACACUGUCUGCUUUUGGGUUCGAAACUUUAUUUUUCGCCCCUAGCGACACUCCAGGGAAACCUUAAUGUUACAGAAGAUGAAUAAACGAGUUUUUUCCCAGCGUAGUCCCGUUUAUGGCUUUAUUGCUACCCAUUGAUUACUCCGCUUUGUUACACAGAAGGAAAAGAUCAUAAAAUCCGGCGACAUCCGGGUCCUUGUUAUAGCCAAUCCUCUCCCCCUCCCCCCAAAAAUGAUGGGGGGAGGAAUAUGAGCUUCGCUUGCCCCACCACCCCUUCUUUGUCAACUCAAAGCAUUUUCAGCCUGUGCCACAAUAUCAAAUUAACUUUGGAUUAAUCAGGAGAAAAAUCCCAUCUGCACACUUUCCGCUGUUUCAGUUCUUCCACUGCGGCUUCCACAGAAGCCUCGGACUCAACUACCUUUUCCUAACCUUCUCUCCCUUUUUCUGAGCCACAGGGUGGAAAGAAAUGGGGGUAGGCGCUGCUAAGAGGCUGGGCCCUACCAGGUGUGACUGGCCCUUGGGUGAGAGCUCCCUAAGAAUGCUUUGCUGGAAUCUCCAAGCCCCAAAGCUCAGGUCCAGGGGCGCCUCCCUUGUCAGGGCAGAGGGCGGGGAGGGGGCAGGGAGUUUCUGACCUGUACAAGGGCUUGAGCCUGCAAGACGCUAACAGUCUAUCAGAACUCCACCAGCCUUCUCUUCCUGGCUGGAUCUUGUGUGAAUUACCCCACUGUCCCUAGCUGGCUCCAAAUCAUAAAUUCUCACCAACAUAAACAGGAGUUGAUGUGUCUAGAAAGACUCCCAGAGUUCUUUCUUCUUCCUUCCUCCUUUCCUUCCUUCCUUCCUUCCUUUUUCUCUCUUACCUUUUACUUUUUUCUCUCCCCUUUCUUUUGUAUUUUUAUACAUUAUCCCUAUUUGGGAAAAAUGCUGUAAGAGUUUCUGCCAAAAAUGAGGUCCUGAGAAGAAGGCAGAGAGGGGCUAGCAGGGGGGAUAAAAAGGCAGAUGCCUGGCCCCUUUGCCCUGCUCAGCUCUGCCACUUUACCUUGAAGUCUCACCCUUACCCCUUGAGACCUGUGUGCUCCCCACAUUCCCCCUACACCUAAGACUCUCAGCCACACUCUCCUUCCUCUGAGUACCAUGUUUUAUGCAAUUUAUUUCUACUUUGUAGUUUUUUUAAAAAAAUUACUGGGAAAAAAUAUACUGGUUUGGCAAGGAGGACCCACUUCACUGAGUGUCAAACCAGGAUUUCCUGUAGGAUUUCUGGGGAUCCCCCCUGAGCUGGGAAGGAGCUUCUCUCAUGGAGAAACCAGGAUGCAAUUUUAGAAGGGGGCAGAUAUAAAAGGUGAAAUCAGAUCGAAAAUACAGGGAUUUCUCUAGCCCUGGCUCUGGCCACUGCACAGCAAAGUUAGCUGGAGCUGAGAGAUUUCCUGGGAAAGCAGCUCUCCUUUCCUGGGCCCCAAGGCCCUGCUCACGGACAUUCACCCUUCCUUCACCUCGAAAUCAGUUCCCUUAUGUAUAUAUAUUUUAAAGAAAUCCAAGUCUUACUUUCAAAGCACACACUUAGUCUCAACUAGGGAAUCAACAGAAGCAGAAGCGAUUUUUUUCCCCCUUCUUGACAUCUGGCUUGCGAUUGGCUGGAAGGGGGUCAGCUGACUUUGUCAUUUUGUCUGUCCUGGAUUGGAGCCGUCCCUAUAACCAUCUAGUUCCGAGUACAAACUGGAGACAGAAAUAAAUAUUAAAGAAAUCAUAGCCCGACCAGGUAAAGGCAAAGGGAUGAAUUCCUACUUCACUAACCCUUCCUUAUCCUGCCACCUCGCCGGGGGCCAGGACGUCCUCCCCAACGUCGCCCUCAAUUCCACCGCCUAUGAUCCAGUGAGGCAUUUCUCGACCUAUGGAGCGGCUGUUGCCCAGAACCGGAUCUACUCGACUCCCUUUUAUUCGCCACAGGAGAAUGUCGUGUUCAGUUCCAGCCGGGGGCCGUAUGACUAUGGAUCUAAUUCCUUUUACCAGGAGAAAGACAUGCUCUCAAACUGCAGACAAAACACCUUAGGACAUAACACACAGACCUCAAUCGCUCAGGAUUUUAGUUCUGAGCAGGGCAGGACUGCGCCCCAGGACCAGAAAGCCAGUAUCCAGAUUUACCCCUGGAUGCAGCGAAUGAAUUCGCACAGUGGGGUCGGCUAUGGAGCGGACCGGAGGCGCGGUCGGCAGAUCUACUCGCGGUACCAGACCCUGGAACUGGAGAAGGAAUUUCACUUCAACCGCUACCUAACACGGCGCCGGCGCAUCGAGAUCGCCAAUGCGCUCUGCUUGACCGAGCGACAGAUCAAAAUCUGGUUCCAGAAUCGCCGGAUGAAGUGGAAAAAGGAAUCUAAUCUCACGUCCACGCUCUCAGGGGGCGGUGGAGGGGCCGCGGCCGACAGCCUGGGCGGAAAAGAGGAAAAGCGGGAAGAGACAGAAGAGGAGAAGCAGAAAGAGUGACCAGGACUGUCCCUGCCACCCAUCUCUCUCCUCCUUCGCUCCCCCACCUCCCUCCUAAUCACACACUCUGUAUUUAUCACUGGCACAAUUGAUGUGUUUUGAUUCCCUAAGACAAAAUUAGGGAGUCAGAUAUGGACCUGAAAGUCAACUCUGGAUCCCCUCCCUCACCGCACAAACUCUUUCACCAUGCGCCUCCUCCUUGAUCCCUCGCUAGCUCGUUCUCGGCUUAUCUGCAAGCCCUUUCCCCCGCCCAGGCCUUGGGGUCUCCGUCCCUAAACCUCGCUUUAGACUCCACAGAUCUCCCUACAAAUGAGGACUUGGCCUCCCACCCCCUUGGUGCUCCCCGCUUCCGUCCCCGCGCAAAGAGCCGGCUCCCGGGCCCCGGGCCUCCGCUCCGGGGCCUCAGGGCCCGGCCUCGCUGCAGGGGAGGGCGGGAGGCCCAAGGAGGAUGCGUGGUGGCCCCACAGCAACCCCCAGGGCCUCCCCGCAGUCCCUGCCCGACCCCUCUGCCCCAGCAAAUGCCCAGCCCAGGCGGAUUGUAUUUAAAGAAUCCUGGGGGUCAUUAUGGCAUAUUACAAACUGUGACCGUUUCUGUGUGAAUAUUUUUAGCUGUAUUUGUGAUUUCUGUAUUUAUAUUUAUGUUUAGCACUGUCCGUGUUCCAAUCCCAUCUUAAAAAGGGGGAAAAAAAGAGAGAGAAAAUUACAAAAAGGAAGAAAAAAAGUGAAUGACAUUUGUUUAGCCAGUAGGAGAAAAAAAAAUAAAUUAAAAAAAAAAUCCCCUCGUGUUACCCUCUUGUAUAAAUCCAACCUCUGGAUCCGUUCUCGAAUAUUUAAUAAAACUGAUAUUAUUUUUAAAAGUUUA